AUGAAGGAGUGCAAAGAGGUUGCCACUCCAACUGCCACAAAUUGCCUUAUGGGUGUAGAUGAAGUUGGACAACAAGUUGAUUCAACCAAAUAUAGAGGAUUGAUUGAUUCUUUGCUAUAUCUAACAGCUAGCAGACUACAUAUUCAAUUUAGUGUAUGCUUGUGUGCAAUGUUUCAAUCUAAUCCAAAUGAAUCACACUUCAAAGUUGCAAAGAGGAUUCUCAAGUAUCUAAAAGGGACAACUAAUGUUGGAUUUUGGUAUCCUAGUGCUUCUAACAUUAUUCUUAGUGGUUUUUCAGAUUCUAACUAUGCAAGGUGCAAAUUGGAUAGGAAAAGCACAAAUGGUAGAUGCCAUUUACUUGGAUCAUGUCUAAUCUCGUGGAAUAGCAAGAAGCAAGCAUGUGUAGCAUUCUCUAUUGCUGGAGCUGGGUACAUAUUAUUUGGACAUGCAUGUGCUCAAAUCAUAUAG